AUGCUCAGUGGCAGCCAGGUGCGCACACUGUCGGGAGGCAGAUUCGGACACUACAGCUUGGCCCGUCUGCCCCGGCAACCUGUUUCCGGUCGGCUCGGUGGCAAAGGGGCGGGGCGGGGCUUGGCUUGGCUUGGCGGCGGUGUCAGUUACCCUCAAAAUGGCGGAUGGAGGCAAUGGAGGAGCCGGAUCGGGAGCGAGCGGCGGGGUCUCUGUGCAGCCCCAGGAGCGGGCCAUGUGGUGGGAUGAGAGAGUUGACUUUCAGGCUGCCUUUUUACAACAACUGGCAAAGUAUGUGCCAAACAUCUACUCUGCUGAAAUGGACCCCUUGCUGGAGAAGCAGGAAGAAAUGGCCCAGAAACAAAUAUUUGACCCUCUGGAGUGGUACUUGUUUAGGGAAGACCCGGAUGUCUGCCUGGAGAAACUGCGGCAGUGCGGAGUUUCUCAACUCUGCGGGAAGGUGUUCAAAAGUGGAGAGACUACAUAUUCUUGCAGAGACUGUGCAAUUGAUCCAACUUGUGUACUCUGCAUGGACUGCUUCCAGAAUAGCAUUCACAAGAACCAUCGUUACAAGAUGCAUACUUCCACUGGAGGAGGGUUUUGUGACUGUGGGGAUACAGAGGCAUGGAAGACUGGACCACUUUGUACUAACCAUGAUUCUGGAGCAGCAAGCGCUACAAAAGCGAAUUCUGAAUGCCAGUUAAAUGAAGAGCUAAUGGCACAAGCAAAGAAGAUGUUCCCGUCGGUAUUAAAAUACAUUGUAGAUAUGACUAUUUGGGAAGAAGAGAAGGAGUUGCCUCCUGUGCUCAUGACCAGUAGAGAGAAGACAGACCACUACUACUGUGUUCUUUUCAAUGAUGAACAUCAUUCUUAUGACCAUGUCAUCUACAGUCUACAGAGAGCGCUUGGUUGUGAGCUCGGGGAAGCCCAGUUGCACACUACUGCCAUAGAUAAAGAGGGUCGUAGGGCUGUAAAAGAGGGACCUUAUGUAUCCUGUCAGGAAGCAAAGGAAGAAAUCAAGAGGCACUCUGAGAAUGUCUCCCAACGACCGCUUCAUGUGGAGGUUCUGCAUGCUGACGUUAUGGCUCAUCAGAAAUUUGCCUUGCGCCUUGGUUCCUGGUUGAACAAACUUAUGAGCUAUUCAAGUGACUUCCGCCAGAUCUUCUGUCAAAUAUGCCUCAAAGAGGAAGCUGACUCUGAAAAGCCCUGCCUCAUAAGCAUGUUGAUGCUUUGGGAUGCAAAACUUCAUAAAGGGGCAAGGAAGAUCCUUCAUGAACUUAUCUUCAGCAGUUUUUUCAUGGAAAUGGAGUACAAAAAACUUUUUGCUAUUGAAUUUGUGAAGUAUUACAAGACAUUGCAAAAAGAAUACAUCAGUGAUGACCAUGAGAGAAAUAUCUCCGUGACUGCACUCUCGGUUCAGAUGUUCACUGUACCCACUUUGGCACGCCAUCUUAUUGAGGAGCAAAAUGUAAUUACCGUCAUCACAGAGACACUACUAGAAGUGCUGCCAGAGUACCUGGACAAGAAUGACAAGUUCAACUUCCAGGGUUACAGCCAGGACAAACUGGAUCGGGUGUAUGCAGUCAUAUGUGACCUCAAGUAUAUCUUAAUCACUAAGCCUACAGUGUGGACAGACAGACUGAGGGUACGGUUUUUGGAAGGGUUCCGUUCUUUCCUGAGGAUUCUGACUUGCAUGCAGGGGAUGGAGGAGAUACAGAGACAGAUCGGUCAACAUAUCGAGGUGGACCCGGAUUGGGAAGCAGCCAUUACUAUCCAGAUGCAGCUGAAGAACAUUCUUUUGAUGUUCCAAGAGUGGUGUGCCUGUGAUGAAGACCUGUUGCUGGAGGCUUACAAAGAGUGCCAUACAGCUGUGAUGAGGUGCAGCACAAGUAGCCAUUCACGGGAGAAGAUAGUGCUUCAGUUAUGUGGCCACACUUUGGAAAGCAAACGUUACAGAGUGUCAGUAGACCCUGUCAGCAUACACCUGCCACUGUCCAGGAUGCUUGCAGGCCUACAUGUACGAUUAAGCAAGACUGGAGCAAUCUCAAGACUGCAGGAGUUUGUGCCUUUUGAACAAUUCCAAGUGGAGCUGCUAGUGGAAUACCCUUUGCGCUGUCUAGUGUUGGUUGCUCAGGUUGCUGCAGAGAUGUGGAGAAGGAAUGGGCUCUCCCUAAUAAGUCAGGUGUUCUAUUACCAGGAUGUUAAAUGUAGAGAAGAGAUGUAUGAUAAAGACAUCAUCAUGCUGCAGAUUGGUGCAUCGUUUAUGGAUCCAAACCUUUUCCUGUUGCUGAUACUACAGAGGUAUGAGCUUGUCAAUGCCUUCAAGAAGAUCAUGCCCACCAAAGACCAGGAUUUGACCAAGCAAUGUAAUAUAUUAAUAGAAGAAAUGCUGCAGGUUCUCAUCUAUGUUGUGGGGGAAAGAUACGUGCCUGGAGUGAGUAGUGUGACAAAAGAAGAAAUUACUAUGAGAGAAAUUAUUCAUCUGCUCUGCAUUGACCCAAUGGCUCACAGUGCUAUUGCCAAAUCUUUGCCUGAGAAUGAAAACAAUGAAACUGGCUUGGAGAAAGUAAUAAACAAAGUGGCUGUAUUCAAGAAACCGGGUGUGUCAGGCCAUGGAGUUUAUGAAUUGAAGGAUGAAUGCAUGAAAGAAUUCAAUAUGUUCUUUUAUCACUAUACCAAGACCCAGCACAGCAAGGCUGAACAUAGGCAGAAGAAGAGAAGAAAACAAGAAAACAGAGAUGAAGCACUGCCACCUCCUCCCCCUCCUGAAUUCAGCCCAGUGUUCAGCAAUGUGGUGAAAGUUCUGAACUGUGAUAUCAUGAUGUAUAUCCUCAGGACUAUCCUUCAAAGGGCAGUACAACUGGAGACCCACUUAUGGACUGAAGCUAUGAUCCAGAUGGUACUUCACCUCCUUUCUCUGGGCUUACUGGAAGAGAAGCAGCAGCUAGAAAAGGCUCCAGAGGAAGAAGUGACCUUUGACUUCUAUCACAAAGCAUCAAGAAUGGGAAGCUCAGCCUUGAAUGCUCUGAACAUACUAAUGCUUCUGGAAAAACUAAAAUCAGUUCCUCAGUUAGAAGCACAGAAGGAUAUGAUCAACUGGAUACUGCAGAUGUUUGACACAGUGAAACGAUUGAGGGAAAAAUCAAGUUUAGCAACAGCAGCAACUACAUCAGGAUCAGAAACUACAAAAGGCGAUGAGACUCCGAGCACUCAAGACAAAGAGAAGGCUGAACGAAAGAGGAAGGCAGAAGCUGCCAGGCUGCAUCGCCAGAAGAUAAUGGCCCAGAUGUCUGCUUUACAGAGGAAUUUCAUUGAAACUCAUAAACUCCUGUAUGAACACACACAAGAGACACAGGGAAGAGAGGACUCUGUUAUGGAGGAGGAGAGCAUACCUUUGGCCAUUGAUUCUUCCAGAAUUGCCUUGGGACCCAAGCGAGGUCCAUCUAUUACUGAAAAGGAAGUGUUGACCUGUAUUCUAUGUCAGGAGGAGCAGGAAGUGAGGCUGGAGAGUGCUGCGAUGGUAUUAUCAGCUUGUGUCCAGAAAUCCACUGCCUUAACUCAGCACAGGGGGAAAACUCUUGAACUCUCAGGUGAUACAUUAGAUCCUCUUUUCAUGGAUCCAGAUUUGUCAUGUGGAACCCAUACAGGAAGCUGUGGUCAUGUAAUGCAUGCAGCCUGCUGGCAGAAGUACUUUGAAGCCAUGCAACUGAAUUCUCGACAGCGUCUUCAUGUUGAACAGAUUUUUGACUUAGAGAAUGGAGAGUACCUCUGCCCACUCUGCAAGUCUCUGUGCAACACUGUGAUUCCCAUUAUUCCUUUGCAGACUCAAAAGAUAAACAGUGAGGAUUCAGAGGCAGUAGCUCAAAUUCUGACCCUGGCUAGGUGGUUGGAGAUUGUCAUGGCCAGGAUAUCGGGGUACAGUGCGAAAAACACUAAAGGAGAGACGCAAAAUGCUCCAUCUUUAAUCAACAAAGGAAUGGGAGACUUUACUUCAGAAUUCCAUUCCAUCCUUAGUUUUGGAGUUCAGCCUUCAGCCAAAUACUCAAACAGUAUUAAGGAGAUGCUGGUUCUCUUUGCCACCACUGUUUACAGAGUUGGAUUAAAAGUUGCUCCCAAUGAGGCUGAUCCUCGCAUUCCUAUGAUGACGUGGAGCACAUGUGCUUUUACUAUCCAAUGUAUAGAAAACCUUCUAGAAGAUGAGGGCAAACCUUUAUUUGGAUCUCUGCAAAAUAGACAGCACAGUGGCCUUAAAGCAUUAGUGCAGUUUGCAGCUGCUCAGAGGACUACAUCACCACAAAGCCUGAUUCAGAAACAUCUGGUUCGUCUCCUAGCAGUUCUUCUACCAAACUUAAAAAUGGAAGACACGCCAUCCAUUCUAGAUGUAGAUAUGUUUCACAUUUUGGUAGGUGCUGUGUUAUCAUUCCCAUCUUUAUAUUGGGAGGAUACUGUAGACUUGCAACCUUCAUCUAUUAGCUCUGCCUAUAAUCACCUCUACCUCUUCCAUUUGGUCACUAUGGCACACAUUACACAGAUCCUUCUGACCUCUGCAACAGAAUCCCCCACUGCUCAAUCACAAGAUACCAGUGAGGAGGCUCAUACUGCUGAGUCUUUCUGUAGAGAAGUUUACCAGUACACGAGUGGCUGCUUUAGCCGUGAUAUUCCAGGCUGGCAUCUGUGGGACUGUGUUAAGAAAGGGAUCACACCUUACCUUCGUUGUGCUGCUUUGUUUUUCCAUUACAUGCUGAGAGUGCCUCCACCUGAGGACCUGCUGUUAGUUUCCGAGGAAGGAGAGUUCAAGGCACUCUGUAGUUAUCUAUCUCUACCCACCAAUCUGUUCCUGCUUUUCGAGGAAUAUUGGGGCACUGUAAACCCCUUGCUCCAAAGGUGGUGUGCUGACCCUGCUGUACUAAGUUUUCUGAAAGGGAAAAACAUUUCACUAAGAUAUCCAAGGAAAAGAAAUAAUUUGAUAGAGCUUCCAGAAGACUACAGCUGCCUCCUGAAUCAAGCCUCUCAGUUUAGGUGCCCACGGUCUUUUGACGAUGAACAAAAGCACCCAGUGUUGUGUUUGUUCUGUGGCACCAUGUUAUGCUCCCAGAAUACCUGCUGCCAGGAGUUGGUGAAUGGGGAGGAGCUAGGAGCCUGUACCUCUCAUGCUCUCCAGUGUGGAGCUGGAGUGUGUAUGUUCCUCAAAAUCAGGGCAUGCAGAGUAGUCCUGAUAGAAGGUAAAACCAGAGGCUGCUUAUAUCCUGCUCCCUAUCUCGAUGAAUAUGGAGAAACAGACCCAGACUUGAAAAGAGGCAACCCCCUGCAUUUAUGUCAUGAACGUUACCGGAAACUUCAUCUUCUAUGGCAGCAACACUGCAUCAUAGAGGAGAUUGCCAGGAGCCAGGAAACCAAUCAGAUCAUCUUUGGAUUCAACUGGCACCUGCUCUGAGUCCUAGCUUUUAAUUAAAUCCCGAUGAGUAUGGAUGAUGUUUGGACAAAGGAAAAGGGGGAGUAUUACAGAGCCUUCUCUAAGGGUUCAGACACAUGAUUGAUGCAUUGAAACAAAAUAAUUCUCAUUUCAUAGGUUUUACCUUUUAAAAAAAAAAAAACAA